ACAGAUCACAGCCAUAUUAUUAAAAGCUUGUGGUAAGAACGGGUUUCGCUCUAGUGCUCGAAAAUAAUAUUCUAAAGCUUUUGUAUGUUCUCCGUUACUUGUGUGGAUAAGGCCUAUGUUAUAGAGUAUAUAGCUUCGAUCAUAGGGAUCAAUUUCUAGGCGCAUAGCUUCAUAAUAAUUCUGUAACGCUUCCGCAUAAUUUCCUUCGGAUUGAGCUGACAUCCGUUACGGUCGUCAUUCUAUUCAAAGAAUCCUCCGUUCCAAAACCGUACGCGAGGUUUUCACCUCAUACGGCUCCUCCUUUAUGUGCAUAAUGAGAAUAAUCCAUGAAAUUAAAAAAGGUCGAAAUAUUGUCAUUAUGAACUGAGCGGGGCUAAUUUUUUUACAAGAAAUCUUUAGCCAACCCUCUUGCAAAAGAUCUUUUCUUAACAUUAAACGUGUUUGUUGUUACUAGAUAAAAAUGGAAACUCCAGCAAUUUCUUUGUUAUCACCGCUCCUUCAUUUUCAGGAAUUAGUCACUUCAACAGUCUUCGAUGGUUAUAUGGGUAUCCAAAGUACAAACGAGAUGGAUUUUGUUGUCCCAACCAUUUUUUUCUUAGCCCCGAUCCCGAUAAAGAAAAGGAGUCUUUAUAACAAAUAACAAAGUUUUCGUGUAGUUGAUUCCUCGGCGUAGUGCUUCUUCCUCUAUGCCGCCUAUUGGUACUAGUGUGGUAGGGUUGACUCGCAAUACAUACCCAUACAGAAUAGGUGUAACCUUUCGCUCAAUACUAGAAUCAACAAUCCAAGCAUCUGAGGUUGCAUUAAUCGGGGAUACACGACAGAAGGAAUUGUUUUAUUUAUAAACUUCACCUUCAACAAGCGUGAAUUUUUUUUUCUUUGAUUUCAGUCAAUAGUUUUGUUUUCUAUUCCGAAUCACGUGUCGUUUUCCUAAGACCGAGAACGGUAAAUACAAAAAAAAUCAAAUCGCACCAUCUCUGUAAUAAGUAAAUGCCUCUUUUUCUCCUGAAGUUGUCGGAAUUAUUCGUAAUAAGAUAUUGGCUACGAUUGAAAAGGUCUUAUCAAUAAAAUUUCCAUUUAUCCGCGAUCUAGGCAUAGGUAGCAAUCCAUUCUAUAACUCUUUUCAUUACCCCUCGUAAGAAAAUGAUCUCACAAACAAAGGAAGUGUACAGUACGAAAUAACAUAAAAACGGACCAAUUAAAAAAAGGGAUAACCCUCUACUUCAAAUUUCUCUUUUUGUUUUAGUAUAAGAUUGAUUCUAUGGGUUUAGGAUAGAAUAGGAAAAUUUGAGAAGUUUUGAAUAACUUAUGGUCGAAAGAGGAAAAAGAAUCGAAUAAUCGUAACAUGAAAAUAGAAUAACAGGCUUCCUUUGUGUUUUGUGCAUAAAAGGUAUACACAAUAUAAUCAAAUAUAUAUAUAAAUCCCUGGGAUGAUUUAUGAAUUUUUAAUAGAUCUAUGGAGUAAGG